AUGUCGCGGCCUUCAGCGAAAAAAACUAAUCGUUUGGAGAACAAGAGGUUGAACGAACUAAAUAAGAAGGCGUCAAGAGCACAGGGAUACAAGGUUUUGGAAAAACGAUCAAUUUUUUCAGAAGAUGAUAGUGAAAAUGAAAGGAAAGAUGAAUUAGACCUGGAAGAGAGUGAUGGAAGAAAUUAUUCUGAGCCGGAUGACAAUGUCGUCAUGACGCACGAGGGCAACGAAAAUGAGAAUAAGAAGGGCGCAGAGCGAAAUUUUACCGAAGAAGAUAUACGAAAAUUGCAAAUGAUAUUGGACCUUGCUAAAGCCAUAAAUCCAGAAGUCUUAAAAGACCUUGAUAACAUUAAUAAAAAAGCUGGUUUCACCAAAAAUCGAGAGGUUCCAAUAGUAGAGGGCUCCAAGUGCAAAUUACCCGAAUGGAAACUUAGCGUUUACAGAACUUCGUACAGAAAAAAUCCUAAAGAAAUGGUUCGUCGUUUACUAGUUGAUCUUAUUGGAAUCGAUAUGCUGAAAAAAUCAUCUGCAAAGGGGGGAAAUAACAGGGAACCCAUCCCCGAAAAUAUUUUUGAAGAUGUUCAAAGCUUUGUAAACUUGAACACAAAACCUCAGUUUAGGCUUACUCACGAACAAUAUACUGCAGUCAUCACAUCCAAGUGCGCAACUUUGAGAAAUCCAAAAGGCAAAAAAGGAACCAAUAUUUGUAUGGCCAACGGCAAUUCUUCGGUUAAAUCUUUCAGGCGAAGUUUGUCGCAAAAAACAAAGUUUCACUCGAAUCAAACUAAUAGUAGCUUCAAGAAUAUGACAGAAGGUGAUUUACGAACAAUGGAAGAGAUUCGAAAUAAAAAUACUAAAGGCAAAGGAAGUAACAGCAGUAAAAGUAAAAAUUAUGAGGAAGAAAUAGUAGUGAGCAGUAGAGAAGACAAUUCGAGUGAUCAAAAUACCGAAAUAGCAGAUGAACAGCAAGGUUCUAGUGCGAAAGAGAAAUCCGAGGUGCGAAAACGAGAAGGCGACAAGAAUAAGCAGUUUAAUGAGAAGAGCAAACCUGGUGAAAAGAGACAAUAUAAGGGAGAUCAACAAAGUCUACUGAGAAACGAAAAAGCGAAUGAAAGAAACGAAUCUGAUGGAAAUGAAGGAAAAAGCAGUGAACCAAUAUUUGAGAAACAGCGAGAUGGUAUAAACGAGGUGAAUAAAGAGAGAAGGCAAAACGGAGAAAAAAGCCUCGAGAAGGUCGAACAGAAGAGCGAAAGAAAAGAAUCUGAUGGAACGGAACGACAUGAGAAAGAACAACAUGGCAAGAAAGAUACCGAACUGCUAGUUGAGAGUCGAAGAUCUGAUGGAAAAGGGCUGUAUGAGGAAAAGAAGAUAGAUAGAAAAAAAAGUGAAGGGUCAGACGGGAAAAUAGGAGCAAAAGAAUACCGAAAAAAUCAGGAUGAAAUCAAAAGUAAGAGUGAUGAUAAAAAGAUAAGACACGAGGAAGAGCAACAACGUUGA